GGGGUCUCAGUGCAGAAGGAGCCGGACAGGAGAGCUGAGACCAAGAUGAAGAAGUGUGUGGCAUUUUCCCUCUGUCUGGUCCUCUUGAUCAUCUACACAGCAGAUGCAAACCCAAUCAUCAAGGAGAGCUAUGCUAAGCAACUUCUGCGGACCAAGAGGCAGAAGCCCGGCCACCCCGAUGAGCCAAUGAGGGAGCACUUGCUCCACAUGCAAGUUCUGAAUCAGAGGGCCCAGGAGACCAACCUGGAACACUGGCUGAACCCCCACUGCUACCCCCGCUGUGACAGGAACUACGGACACCCUGUCUAACCCCCAGUGACCUCGCCUUGACUCCUCACAGCCCAGGUCCCUGUCUGUCAAACACAACCAUAAAACAUGCCUGCUUGGGUCCCCUGGGGCUUGUUGAGUAGGGAACAGGGUAGCAAAAUGCUGUGUAACAAAAAAAAGUACCAGAAAGUACAUAAUUUCUCUACAUUUCGAACAAUAUUCAGUUUCCUGCCUAUUGAACACAAUGUACAGUACCUAUAAUUAGCCUAUAGGAUGAUGGUGCCUUUUGACGCUGAUCAGUUUUGUAUUUCCCUCCUGAUUGGUUAUAGUUAGAAUUGGGGUAAACUGAUUCUAGAUCUUUUUUGUUGUUGUCUUCUGGCGAACAACUUUUUCUGUGUGGCGGAAGGCGUUGACGGCAAGAAGGAUGUUGACAACUGUGAUGACGACAAUGAUGAUGAUGGCCAUGAUAAUGAUAUGAGGGUGAAGCUCAGAGUGUAACUCUAUCACAUGCAUUUCAUGGUGAAGCCUCAGCAGGGAACAUUAGCGGCCAUCAGUAGAUACUGGUGAUAAGAGCAUGAUCAGCUUAUUCCAGCAACAUUAGCAUAUAGGAAACAUAUACAAUUAUGUUAACAUCAUAGAGGAUACAUGAUCCGGUUAUAUGUGGAUACAGUUAUGAGAAAAUAUACAUUGUAUUAUGUAAAACAAUGUUUAAAAAAAACAAUAAUUGAAUAAAUAAUCGAAUCAAAUAAAAAGAU